AUGUUUUUUCUCUCAUUAAAAAUAGGUAUACCAUUAUGUGAUAUAUGGAUAAUAAUGGAUGUAUUAUGUUGUACUGCAUCUAUUUUACAUUUAGUUGCUAUAGCAAUUGAUCGUUAUUUAGCAAUAACCCGUAUUAAUUAUAUAAGAGAACAAAAAAAGAAACCAAUUUAUAUAAUGCUUAUAAUAAUAUGGUUAUUAUCAUUAAUGAUUUCAUUACCAACACGAUUUCAUCUAACAAGAAAUGAUCAUUUUCUAUAUAAUGAAUGUAAUAUUAAUAAAGAUUAUCUAUUUACAAUAUUCUCUACAGUGAUUGCAUUCUAUUUACCAAUGAUCUUUUUAAUUGGUAUCUAUGUGAAAAUUUAUCAAGUUGCUAAGAAACGUAUCAGGAAAAAAUCAUUACGUGGUUUAUCUUCAAUCACAAGAGAAUCAUCGAUUGAUUUACAUAACAAAAAAAAUAUUGAACAUAAUGAUCAUGAUCAAGAUCAAGAUCAUAGAACUAAACAUAAGCAUUUCUUUAAAAGAUCUUCAAUAUGUAUAAAUAAUCAUUUGUUUAAUUGUCCAUUUAAAAUGAUGAUGAUAGAAAUGAAUCCAUUAUCUAUAAGUAAUGAAUAUUUAGAUAUGAUAUCAACUAGUUUAGAGAAAGAAACAUCAUCACCAUAUUUGAGUUCAGAUCCAAUUGAAUAUUGUGAGAAAUAUGACAAUCAACAGAAUAUAAUUAGAUCUUCAAUGAAUGUCUAA